AUAAAGCUACACAGAACAGAGCUCCCACAGCAGCAUGUCUGUGAGGAGGAGGAGAUUCUCACUGACCAGCAGCUCUGUGACCAGGAGAGGAACUCAAGUCUGGACCAAGAGGAACCAGAGCCUCCACAGAUUAAAGAGGAACAAGAGGAACCAGAACCUUCAGACAUUAAAGAGGAACUCUGCACCAGUCUUGAGAUAGAACAGCCGGUACUGAAGGAGGAGACAGAAACCUUGAUGUGGACUCCUACUUGUGAGGAAAGUGAAGAUCAGACUCUGGACUUGAGUCCUGAUGAAACUCAGAUUGACAAAUCUACCACUUUAAAGAUUCACAAUAAUACUUUGACAGAGAAACCGUGUUUUGAAUGUGACACUUGUGGGAAAUCAUUCCCGGUCAAGGCCAGUUUGUGCAGACAUCUCAGAGUCCAUACAGGUGAAAAGCCGUAUACAUGUAACACUUGUGGGAAAAUAUUGUCUAAUAUAACCAACUUAAAAGUGCACAUGAGAACACACACAGGUGAGAAACCGUACCCAUGUAAGACUUGUGAGAAAAGAUUCUCUGAUCUAAACAACUUAAAAGUGCACAUGAGGGUCCAUACAGGUGAGAAGCCGUACCCAUGUAACACUUGUGAGAAAAGAUUCUCUACGCCGAGCGCAUUAAAAGUGCACAUGAGAAAACACACAGGUGAGAAGCCGUACCCAUGUGAUACCUGUGGGAAAAGAUUUUUUGAGAGGAGACAAUUAAAAGGACACAUGACUCUCCAUACAGGUGAGAAGCCGUACCCAUGUAACACCUGUGAGAAAACAUUCUCUACGCCGAGCGCAUUAAAAGUGCACAUGAAAAUCCAUACAGGUGAAAAGCGGUACCCAUGUGACACUUGUGAGAAAAGAUUCUCUCAGCUGGGCUUAUUAAAAUUGCACAUGAGCGUCCAUGCAGGUGAGAAGCCGUACAAAUGUAACACCUGUGAGAAAAUGUUCUCUAAUAUAACCAACUUAAAAGUGCACAUGAGAACACACACAGGUGAGAAGCCGUACCCAUGUAACACCUGUGAGAAAACAUUCUCUGCGCUGAGCACAUUAAAAGUGCACAUGAGAGUCCAUACAGGAGAGAAGCCGUACCCAUGUAACACUUGUGAGAAAACAUUCUGUACGGCGUCCUUAUUAAAAGCACACAUGAGAAGACACACAGGUGAAAAGCCGUAUACAUGUAACACUUGUGGGAAAAUAUUGUCUAAUAUAACCAACUUAAAAGUGCACAUGAGAACACACACAGGUGAGAAGCUGUAUCCAUGUAACACCUGUGAGAAAAGAUUCUCUAUGCCGAGCGCAUUAAAAGUGCACAUGAGAACACACACAGGUGAGAAGCCGUACCCAUGUGAUACCUGUGAGAAAAGAUUCUCUCAGCUGUGCUCAUUAAAAUUGCACAUGAGAGUCCAUACAGGUGAGAAGCCGUACCCAUGUGACACUUGUGAGAAAAGAUUCUCUCAGCCGGGCGCAUUAAAAUUGCACAUGAGACUCCAUGCAGGUGAGAAGCCGUACCCAUGUGAUACCUGUGGGAAAAGAUUCUCUGAGAGGAGCAAUUUAAAACGACACAUGACUCUCCAUACAGGUGAGAAGCUGUACAAUUGCAAAACUUGUGGGGAAAAGUUCAGAUUUGUUACCAGUUUGAAUAGACACAUUACAACACACACAGUGGGAAAAGAUUCUUUAUCUAAGUUUUCUUAAGUUUUGUAAUAUUGUAACUUUCACCAUCAACGUCCAGAGAAAAGGCCCUUUAAAUAAACACGUCAUUAAGUUUUGCAUUC